AAGCAAUGUGUACUGAUGUGUCAGUCUAAUCUCUGUGUGUGUGUGUGUGUGUGUGUGUGUGUGUGUGUGUGUGUGUGUGUGUGUGUGUGUGUGUGUGUGUGUGUGUGUGUGUGUGUGUGUGUGUGUGUGUGUGUGUGUGUGUGUGUGUGUGUGUGUGUGUGUGUGUGUCAGUGUGCCCACAAGUACCUGGUAAGUAAGGGUCACUCCCCGUCAGACCAGCAGCAGUUCAAGAGGCAGCUCUAUAACAUGUGGUUCAGACUCUAUCACCGAGACCACAGUGGAGGUGAGGACUCCUGUGGUUUUGAGCAUGUGUUUGUUGGUGAGUCUAAGAAAGGGAAGGAGAUCACGGGGUUCCACAACUGGGUUCAGUUCUAUCUGCAGGAGAAGCAUGGCAAUGUGGACUACAAGGGUUACAAGGCCCAGGGCAACAGGAAUACUCCAGAUGAGGAUGACCACGUUCUGAACCUGCAGUUCAGCUGGAAGGGCCUGGUCAAGCCUGUGGGAAGCUCCUUCAUCGGGGUCAGCCCAGAGUUCGAGGUCGCCCUCUUCACCAUUCUCUUCCUCGCGUCGACUGAGAAGGUGACCACGGCCGUGGUGAAGGUGGACGAGUACCUGCUAGAGAUGGUGGUGUAUCGUCAGGGGCGAUCCAUCGGAACCUCCUACCCCAAACUUCUCAGCAGCAACAACCGGGACCUGUAGUGGGGAGAUUUACGCACCCUGAUUCUGAAAUCAGGCCCAAAUGGAACCCUAAUCCCUAUGUAGUGCACUGCUUUCAACCAGGGCCCAUAGGGCUAGUAGUGCACUAUAUAUAGGGAAUAGGGUGCCAUUUGGGGCUUAGCCAGAAUAAUCUGUCAUGUCGUGUACUGUGUUUUUGACUCCAUAUUGUUAUUAGGUUGUGUUCUCCUCCAUCAAAUCCUUAACCUCGUUCCCAGGUUCAAUUACUAAUUACAGAUCCUGGAUCAUUCAUUCAUUUUCGCUAAACUAUUAUAUUAGAGAUUACAGUUGAUCCAGGACCAGGAUUGUGUCUCUCUCUGCUACCAGCUCUCCUUUCUGUCCUGAAUAUUCAGUUCUGGUCCUUGGUCCUUCACAAAGCAGAGGGCUGUUUCCUGUUAAGAAAACUACUAAAGCAUUUUGACAAUCGAUUAAAACCUAGAUUUACUAUGUCAGGAACCUGAUUGUCUAACAUUAUGUUAACAGUGUUGUUCUCUUGUUUUUAACAUAUUACUACUUUGUUACGAUUAUUAAGUUUAAUUUCUGCUUGAAGAAAAUAAAACGUGUUUACAAGUA